UGUGCAUUGUGUUUUAAUUCAGCUUCCAUAUUCCAAGUACUCACUAGGCACAUUGUGCAUAGUGGCCGCUAUAUUGGAUGGUGCAGAAUUAGAAAAUGAACCAAAAUGUGAAGAAAACUAUAAAUACAGGGACUAAAAGAACAGAAGGAAAGCAGUUCAAGGGGUUAUUUUAGUAAUAGUCUCACUAAUUUCCUUUGGUUACUUGGGCUUUCCCUAUCUGUGACCUGCAAGUUAGUACAUUACUUGAGAACUAAGAUCAUAUUGUGUUUCUUUGCAUUCCCCUAUAGUACUUGAUAGGCGGUAAGAACUGGGUACAGAUUUGUGGCUUUGAUUUUUCAGUUGUAAAGCAAAGGUUAGCACAGAAGGCCGAGUUCCAGCUCAUAAGGCUUAGGCUCAGAUUUGCCAAAAUGUUGGAAACCUAAUGGCAUAUAUAUAUUUAGUAUACAAAUAUAUGCAUUGAGACUUGUCAUUUUGUGUGAGGAUUUGUCACUGUGUAUGAGGAGUUCAACAUCCAGAAGGUGAAAACUUUUAUUCUAGCUGUUGUACUCAGACCUUUAAAAGUAUCUCAUCAAUUCUUUCCAAAGACAUUUCUGUCCUUGUGAUUACACUUACACCUUCUUAUACAAAGAAGAUAUGAUUGAUAUCUGAGAUAAUAUAUUUGCUAGUUGUUCCUUUCUCUACAGGUUCCGUAUUAACAAUAUUAACAAAUACUAUUAACAGAUAUUUUAAGUCCUUAACACGUAAGUAAUGAAAUUCUUUGAAAACCAAGUGCUGUGUUGCACAGUUAUCUUGAUUUGCUCUCUUUGUAAUUGUUGGUUGAAGCAGCAGCUGUGUCCACAGAGCUAACGCAAUUUAUUUUUACUGAAGCCUACCUAAGAAGUGCUUAGGUAGCAUUCCUCUGCAAGAUUAAAUGCAACCUUUAUGGAAUCCUGUAAGCAGAGCGAGCCAGCAGCUAGAAAAAUAAAGACCAGACCGAACCUUUGGCAACAAAAUUCCCAGCUGCUCAGUGGGUCUGAGUUUUUCUGAUUACUUGAUUCCAAUACAAACACUGUAAAUUAGUUUUAAGUGAAUUCUAGUUGGUUUGGGGGAUUUGCAACUGACAGAAGAACAGGAAAGUGUAAUCUCACUUUGAAAUAAUAAUCCUGCAGGCACCAAGUCUAAUUAUUGACUCUUCUUGGUAUAUUGGAAAUUUGCUCCGAUGGGAAAAUUUACACUCACAUACACUCGUUAGCCAGUCUUUCCAGGUAAGGACCUCAAAAUAGGAAAAGGAGAGCAGCGAAGUCAGACCUCAGACUGUCAUCCCAAGAGGACACAUCUGGGAGUUUGGAGUAUCCCCAAGAACCCAGUACAAUGUGACUGUUCCUCUUUCUUUUACAUUGUAGAGUGAAGGUAGAAACUUGGGUACCAUGCCAGUGGAAAGGAUGAGAAUGCGCCCAUGGCUGGAGGAACAGAUAAAUUCAAAUAUGAUACCAGGGCUAAAGUGGCUUAACAAGGAGAAGAAGAUUUUCCAGAUCCCCUGGAUGCACGCAGCUAGACACGGGUGGGAUGUGGAAAAAGAUGCACCCCUCUUCAGAAACUGGGCAAUCCACACAGGAAAGCAUCAACCAGGAGUAGAUAAACCUGAUCCAAAAACUUGGAAAGCCAAUUUUCGAUGUGCCAUGAAUUCCUUACCUGACAUUGAAGAAGUUAAGGAUAAAAGUAUAAAGAAAGGAAACAAUGCCUUCAGAGUGUAUAGAAUAUUGCCCUUAUCUGAACGACCUGCUAAGAAAGGAAAGAAACCAAAGAUAGACAAAGAAGACAGAGUUAAGCACAUCAAGCAAGAACCAGUUGAGUCAUCUUUGGGGCUUAGUAAUGGACUAAGUGAUCUUUCUCCUGAGUAUGCGGUCCUGACUUCAGCUAUAAAAAAUGAAGUGGAUAGUACGGUGAACAUCAUAGUUGUAGGACAGUCCCACCUGGACAGCAGCAUUGAGGAUCCAGUGAUUGUCACUAACCCGCCAGAUAUUUGCCAAGUUGUGGAGGUGACCACUGAGAGCGAUGAUCAGCCAGUCAGCAUGAGUGAGCUCUACCCUCUGCAGAUCUCCCCUGUGUCUUCCUAUGCGGAAAGUGAAACUACGGACAGUGUGCCCAGUGACGAGGAGAGCGCAGAGGGGAGACCACACUGGCGGAAGAGGAACAUUGAAGGCAAACAGUACCUCAGCAACAUGGGGACAAGGAGUACUUACCUGCUGCCCGGUAUGGCGACCUUUGUCACUUCCAACAAGCCAGAUCUGCAGGUCACCAUCAAGGAGGAGAGUUGUCCGGUGCCUUACAACAGCUCCUGGCCUCCAUUUACAGACCUCCCUAUCUCUGCCUCUGUGUCCCCUGCACCUAGCAGCAGUCGGCCUGACCGGGAGACCCGGGCCAGUGUCAUCAAGAAGACAUCGGAUAUCACCCAGGCCCGAGUCAAGAGCUGUUAAUUAAGCCUUGGACUGCCCCUGGUGGUUGUUGCAAUUUCUUGGCUUUGUGUUGUUGUUUGUUUGUGUUUUAUUUUUCUCUUUGACACCUAUUUUAGACAAAUCUAAGGGGAAAAAAAAAACCUUGACAAUAGAACAUUGAUUGCUGUGUCCAACUCCAGUACUGGAGCUUCUUUUUAACUCAGGACUCCAGCCCUUUGGUAGACACACAUCUCUAGAACCUGCUGGAUCGCCCAGGGCUACUCCCUCAAGUUCAAGGACCAACAGCCACACGGGCAGUGAAGGUGCUGCAUUGCCUACGGUCAGGGCCAGCAUGGUGGAGUGGAUGGCCUCAGAAUGGACGAGAAAAUGUGAACUAGCUGGAAUUUUUUAUUCUUGUGAAUAUGUAUAUAGGGCAGUACUAGCAACAUUGCAGUCUGCUUCUGCACCUUAUCUUAAAGCACUUAUGAUAGGCCUUCUUGUGAUCUUGCUCUAUUUCACAGCACAUUCAGCGGUCCCCUUCUGUGCCCAUUGUCCCACCUCCCAACCUACCUACCCAGUCCCUUCCCCAUUUCCACCCCUCAAAGCUGUGUUGCAUAUCCUGGAGGAGGGGAAGAAGAAAACUUCUCCACAGAUGUCCCAUUUUUAAGACUGCUUUAAAAAAAAAUCUCUCUAAUCUGCUAUGCUUGAAUGCCACGCGGUACAAAGGAAAACUAUCAUGGAAAUAUUGUGCAAAUUCCCAGAUUUUCAAGACAAAAA